UGUGUGUUAUUAGCGCCCUGCACUGAAACAGAGCAGACUUGUUGUGUGUGUGUCUCAGUCAUGUCAAACAACAGCGCAGCCAGCAGCAGCAGCUUAGCUCUCGCUCAGAAGGCCGUGAGGCAGCUUCGACUGGAGGCCAGCGUCCGCAGGAUAAAGGUUUCUCAGGCUGCUGCAGAGCUGAAGACCUUCUGUCUGCAGAAUGCUCACAAAGACCCCCUCCUCACCGGGGUGCCCUCCAGUGAUAACCCCUUCAGACCCCCGAAGUCCUGUGUGCUUCUCUGAGGUUUUAUGAAAAGUGAAGAGCAUCCCAGCCGACGCCUGAUCAGUGGAUUUCUGUCCCGUGAUUCACUCAAGAUACAGACGCAAAGACACUGAGGGUCAGGGGAGCAGCUGAGGAAACAAGCAGACAAUAAAGUACUUCAUGUCUUUAUUUGACAGGAUGUGAUGCUUUCUGCAGGAUUCAGCAGCAGCUUCACACAGCUCUUUCUUACCCCCCUUUAUCUCGUCUGUUCGACCACUUGUUAGCUGCUUCACUUUUUACUGCUUUUGUGAAAUGAUAAAGAUUCUCUGUGAGUUGAAAACAACAUGGUGUAUGAGUCCUGUGAGAGUCACAGAGGGAGCAGAUUCCUGAUUGCCUCUGAACGACGCCCACGGCGCAGCUAAAAAUAUUCGAUCCAUGUGUUUUUUUUUCUUUUGCACAUGUUUUUAAUAAACAUCCAAUGUGUGCCACAUGUGAUCAUUUACCACACAGGAACCUUUCUUCUCUCCUCUACCUCCGCUGUUCCUUUCUCAACUGGGAGAAGAAAUUCAGUUUGAUUUUAAUUACUAACAGCUGUUUGGAUUCAGGUCACUUAUUUUAGAGAAUCUGGAGCAUUCAAACAUCUCUUCUUAUUAUUUAUCCUGUACUCCAAACAUGCACCUGAUUUUAAAACACAAAUAAAUUCUAUGAUGAGAAAGAGGACUAAUGCCACCCAUGUCAAAAAAUGGGAGGAGUCAGACGUCAUCAAAGAAAAUCAUUAAUUAAUGACAGAAUGAGGUUCAAGACUUAUGUGGUGUGAGUGUUUGAGAGAGAGAGAGAGACACACACACACACACAGAGACAGAGACAGACAGAGAGAGAGACACAGAGAGAGACACAGAGAGAGAGAGAGAGAGGAGACAGAGAGAGAGAGAGACAGAAAGAGACAGAGAGAGAGAGAGGAGACAGAGAGAGAGAGAGACAGAGAGAGACACAGAGACAGAGAGAGAGAGAGAGAGAGACACAGAGACAGACAGAGAGAGAGGAGACAGAGAGAGAGAGACAGAAAGAGACAGAGAGAGAGAGAGAUGAGACAGAGAGAGAGAGAGACAGAACGAGACAGAGAGAGAGACAGAGAGAGAGAGAGAGAGAGAGAGUAGAGGCACAGGAAGCUGCGUUUGCCUAGUUGGACCUUUGGACCCAUCGGUGCUCCAGAUCUAGCAGGAUAUGAUGACACCUC